GUUGAUUAGUCAGUCUUGUCUUGGUCUUGUCUUGUUGUUGUUUGUGUUAGUAAACUUGCGAAAUAGCGUCUGUCAUGAUAUUAAUAUAAUUUGUUUUUGUAUUACGAUUGAUUGAUUAGUUGAUGUAACUAUUUUCAAGUAAUUGAUCUGCAAAUUGUUGAGUGAAUAUACAAUUGCAAGAGAGUGUACAAUUAAACUGAUUAAUAGACUUAGACACAGAGCCCGAUUGUGUAUUCUGUGAAGAAGUUGAGUUUUCUUUGAUAUCUGACUUAUUCCCAUAGGCUAAUUCCAACAUGACAAGUCUUGUAUUAGGAAUGAGAUUAUCUUUAUUUGAUUUUCAGAGAGUUAAAGUAGAUGAUGUAGAUCUUCAUACAAAAGUGGAACACUUCAAAGUUGAAGUUUCAAAAAAAGCUAAUGUACCAAAAGAAAGUUUAGAAUUGGUUUACUGUGGUAAUAUCCUUGAUGAUGACUCUACUUUGAACGCGUGUGGGAUAAAAUCUGGAGUCAUGAUUCAUGUACUGAAGAAAAAAGCCAAAGAAAUACCCAAACCUACUCAGACUAUGUCAGAAAUUGACAUACAGAGUUUAGUGAUGGCUUUUCGAGCGUUAACUAUGAACCCUUCCUACAGGAGUUCACUACAGAAGCUAAGUCGGCCAGAUAUCCUGGAUAACAUCAUCCUAAUUACUCCAGGACUCAGCCAAGAUCCUGUAGCAAUAUCUAUGAUCCAGGAUCCAGAACUGCUGGUGCGCAUGGGAGACAUUGAUACUGUUCGCAGGAUCGUAGAAUUGCAUCCAGCACUGGCGGAGGCAGCCAAUCACAUCGCAGCUGCUGUACACGAGGAAGCUAUCGCAGCUCCCACCUCCACCCAGCCCACUACGAGUUCCGGGUACUCGUACUCACUAGAUGCCCUCAGCGACGACGACGAGAUGGACUCUUCUCAGUCAUCAGACUCCCAACCUGUCGGGGCUCGCCACGCCAUUACAGCAGAUCAGCUGGCAAGUGCUCUAGCGUCCGCUAGCAGUCCCAGUCCUGGGGUAAACCAGGACAGCCCAGGGAUCACAUCGGAGAUGUUCAGUCAGGCCAUGCAGCGUGCAAUUGCCAGCGUCGUAGCUCAGCAGCCCAACACUGGAGAGGCCAGUUCCGAGGCAGCCCCAGCGCAAGGACCGACACAGCUGGCCCAACAGAUGCAGCAGAUGAGAGAGCUGGGUCUCACAGAUGAUGCGGUCAAUCUACAAGCGCUACAGUUGGCCCAGGGCAACCUCCACGCAGCAGUCGAUUUAGUCUUCAGUGGUGCAAUUUCUCCUCCUUGAGUCUUUCUGGAUCAAACGUUCUCUUGGAAAGUCAAGUUGUUUGUUGUAUGAUAGCUCCUGAUUUGUUUGUGAAUUAUAGAAUUAAAUUAAUUAUGAUUUGA